AUGCUUUCAUUCGGCAAAAUCAUCCUCGCCGUCACCGCUGUUCUUGCUACACUCGUCUCUGCCUCUCCUGAAGCACAGGACGAUGCUCUGGCGCCUAUAAACGCAGGGGUCCAAGCCAUCGAGACGGAAGUCCCCGAGACCCAAGUCUAUCAGGGCACGGAUCCUGGCCCAGUACCUGUUCCAAAAACUACCGCCUCACCAACCCCUUCGCCUCGCUUUACCGCACCUGUCAAUAUCGUGGAGGAUAUAUGA